GAGCGAUUGAGUGUGACGUCGGUUUUCUUGUGCUUGGAUACCGUAUUAUUACUCCGCCCACGAUUGUUCUGCUACGCUCAGUGUCUGAACGGAUGCCUACAAGUCGUGCAGAAUGGAAUCGCUUAGAUCUGUCGUUACUCGCUUAUUUGCAGACAUACAGGAUGUGAAUACCGCGGAUCUGCUUCCGUCGGGAUUGGCUGAUGGCGAAGCUUAUUACGGCUUUUUUCGCCGAAAAUCAGCCAAACGAAGACGUGUUCACUUGCUACAUCCAAACGUUGAUGUGGAAGAAGAACGUUACGAUAACUCGAUUCUUCCCUUUCCUUUGCACACGACUCGUUUCGACUUUGAUAACUUUGUGCAUGAGUAUGUGCGAGCUUGUCAAAUUGGUGGCAUGAUCGAGCCCCUGAAGACGGUCAUGUUGAAAUACGUUGAAACACCGUUAACUUUAACCAAAUCGAUCCGGCUCAUGACGUUUCUUCAUCACCUACUGCAAGUGAUUCCCGUCACGCCCGCCCAACCGAGCACGGCCACAGUUUCCUUUGCGCCGUUUCCGCUCGGUCAGCUUUUCGAAGAACUGACAGUGAGCAUCUCUUUUCGAACUACGCCAGCGCCGACGCCGACCAUGCUGUCAACGUGGAUCAUCACCAUGCAGUUUAUGCUUUCUUGUCUCCGAAGCAACAGUCGUCAGGCCCUUUUCAACGCCGGACUCACCAAUCCCGUGAUUCUCGGCAUGAGCAAACAUAUCUUGUUGGAACUCACCCGUUUACCGUGGAAACAGAUGGAUGAUCUGCAAGAGACAUGCUUCUCUUUGGGUCAAGAAAUGCUGAAUUUCUUUUUCCUCAAAGACCAAAAGUCCGGCCAAGGGAUCGACAAUGCAGCUAACCUCGUUCACGUGUCUUAUUACGACGUGAUUUACUCGUUCCCCGAGUUUUACGGUCAUUUUUUGAAUACAGCUCCACCCGUGGUGGUGCCUCAACCGUCGAUUGCCAAUCACAAAAUAUGGAUGAUGACAUUAAAUUACAUGAUAACAUCGAUCCAUCAAGAGCCCAAAUUACUCGACAAUAUACCUACUCUGGUGGCCAUCAACAUUAUCAAGCAUAUGCUUCGUGAAAUCAACACCUUGCCAUCCAAUUUAUCUACCGGUGAAGUAAACUGUGUCAACAAAGGGAAAGAGCUGAUCAACUUGCUAUUGCUCGGUCCUUCGGAUGACGGCGCCGGAGCGGUAUCGCAUUACGAUAUUAUUGUGGCGUUACCCGAUGUGUACGGCCAUUUUCUUCGCGGCACAUUUGCACAAAGUGUUCAUUGGACGAUGGAAAAGUUUAUCAAUGAACUGGGGAAAAGGCGACGGCAUCUUGCGUUUUUAAUGAUGCCUCCAGACGCGUCUUGGCCCUUGAUCUACCAAAUGAGCCGUCGACAUGAAUACAAUGAUCUAACCACGCGAACAAGUUUUCACAUGUUUGAAGGAGAUCUGAUUGAUUUUGUCAAGGAAGGCAACUCGACCAACAUUGAAACCCAUUUUCGCGACUUGUUGUUCCAACGAGCGUCCAUGGAUGAAUUUCGCCAAUUAGCCAUGUCUCUCAGUCAAUCUGGACUGGAUAAUACGCAAAUACGAAAAGCCAUGGUGGCCAAGGCUAGAGAUGUGAUUCGUUGUAUUCAACAGCACAGCCGGCCAGGCAAACGGGACGUAAGCGAACGAGAGAAAGAAUCAUUCAACGCAGCCCACGGCGGUAUUCGUGGCGAAGAUAUCAAGAUGUCAAUUCCUUCCAAUAUGGAUUUGUGGGAACUGAUGAAUGAAACCGCAGAUCAGUUAUACAGUUUCGUCGCUGCAGAGUUCUUCUCUUAUGAAGACAUUUUGCAGGAUUUUUAUGAUUUAGUUUAUGCUUCCGAUGGCGAAGCUUAUCCUCCCGGUACCAAAGAUCGUCUUCGCAAAGAUAAUGGUCUCGUGUGGUUACUGCUGCAGUUAUUUUAUAUCGAAAAAGUGUCGUCGACAGUCAUACAAAAGGAUUUUGAAAAUGAGGAGACAUUGUUUGAUAAGCUAGUGUGCUUAUACAACGAAGACCAAAUCCUAUCCAUGGACGCCUUUUCGUUACGUGAUCUGUCAUUACAGUGUGCGAUUAACCAUCAAAAAGAUUCUAUCAAGGAUGUCAUCAAUAUCAAGCAGCGCCAUCCAAAACUUGCCGCCUCACUUCGAUAUGCGGGUCUUUGUUACCAAAUUCAAGUAUAUUUUAACCAUCAUUAUCAUAAAAACGUGCCUACCAAUUUUACAUUAUUCCAUAAUCUCGAUGCUCAAGAAAUGACAAAAGUGGCUAUCGAAAGUCAACUGAUACAGGAUGUGGUGCCUUAUACGUUGUAUGUGUAUCUGGUCCCGACCAAGGCCGACAUCGGCACCCUUGGUCACCCUUCCACCACCUACAUCAAGGGCGGCACUUUAUGCUACAAAUUACUGGAUUUGCUCAGCGUGAACGCAAAACAUCGAUUACUGCAAGUGAUUUACAAAAUGAUGCUGGAUAGCGAAUUGGGGCCACGGUAUCAGGCCAAUACCUCGCCACCCAUUGCGUGUGUGCCACCCCAAGUGUUGGAUGUAGUUUAUAAGCUACUGUAUAGUGCGCCUUGUUCAGCCGAAUUGAUGAUCAAGGAAAUCUUUGACAAACUGCUGCGAUGCGACAAACUGAUCAAAAUGCGGACGGAUGCUGAACGCAAUAAUGGGGAAGUCGUGCCAUUCCCUGAUCAAACCAUGCGCUGGUUGCAUACCAUGCUUCAGCUGAUGACCUAUCGCUUUGUUCGAUUCUUAAAAUAUUCUCCAUUGUCACCAGGACUGCUGCAUUACAUUCGAUAUUCUAUUUCUCACCUUGAUCACCGGCAGGGCUACCGAGUGGUGGAAUCAUUUGCAUCGAAUAUCAUUCGAAUGCAAAUCGAUGUCAAGGUACUACGGUCUCUGGAUGAUCCCAACCGUGAUAAGCCAAUCUGGUUUGCCGAGUCCGAGAUGUUGGCUCGAGCCAUGGUAGCCACCAUCAGCCGUCUGAUUAAAACAAGAGGCCAGGCCGAUAUCAAGACCGAGCAAGUGUACCGCGUAUUAUCCAGCUUAUACACGUACAAGCUCGAAUGGUCGCCAGAGUCCAUCCAGUAUUUCCCCAAAGCGAUACGACAAUUUUAUACGGACCCCGAUUCGCCGAAUCAAUCCAUCGCCUCUCGUCCUGCCGUCGACCCUGCACGGAUCCAACAAUUGCUCACCAAUAACAAGUCGUAUUCUGCCUAUCUUUUGCAAGGUUCGCCCGAGGCCGAGCGCGAGGUUUUACAGCACUUUGGCACACUUGAACAUCAACCAGAUUUACUGUGUAUGCUUUGGAUGAUGGCGGUGAUGCGACAAUCCGUGGACGGAUUCCAUAUGCCAUCCGUCCGAAAAUUAUUAUUGCUGAUUGCUCCAUCAAGAAUGGCGACCAACGUCAUUGACCUGAUUGAUUUUGUGCUACUGAUGGAUCCACGCACGAACAAUCGUGAUAUGUGUGGCAUGUUCCUGAAUACGAUCAUUUGGAAGUAUCAGUGGGUUGAUUUCAACCAUGUGAUUGCUGCGUUGAUGAAGGGGAGCGGAUCGCCGGAACGUACGACGCGAGCGUUCAGUUACGUGCGUUAUUUACUGUGUGAAUCACAUGAAUUCCAGAAUCGAGUGAACAAGUGGGAUUCGCUUGAAUUCAGUCCUCGCCAUUGGACCGAAGAAGAUUUCCACGAGAAAUUAAUGCGGUACCUGAACGAAUUUCCCGAAUACCACGAGUUUGAAGCGUUUGCACGGAGCGAUCAUGCGUCCACGACGUUUGAUCCGCCACUCCAAUCUCCGAUGCCGAUUUAUUUGACAAACGUCAUUAGCGAAUUCAUGGCAAGCUUGGAAUUACUGAUUACACGAUUAAUCGAACACUCGCAAACCGACUUGUUGGGCGAAAUUCUGGAUCGAUAUGGUCAUCUAUUCUAUUCCCAUCCAUAUCCACUGUCCUUUGUCUGCAACCUCCUCCUCUACUAUUAUCCUUCAACCACGCUACGAGAUACCCGUAUCUGUAAAAAGAUACUACGACUUUUAGAUUUUAAUCAGUACGACAUUGCGCCGGAAGCGAUGAUGUAUUCUCGAGACGAGCAAAUGGAUGGCAGUGCAUUCGAUACGGCUUACUACGAACGUGCCAUUUAUAAACUUGUUGAAAAUUUGAAUCCACAGAAAUGCGCUCCAAGAAAACGACCCGAUCUUCCCGAAAGACAUUUCAGGGAGAUAGGAAGUCCGGCCAUUGAAGCGAUUUCCAUCGCCACGCUUGAAAUUAUGUUGACGCCGGUGAUGCCGGAAAAGAUUGUCAAGCAUAUUCUUGACAUGGCUUUACUGCGUGGGUCGCACCAUGUGGGAGUGUCUGCGCUGACGAUUCACGCGAUCGGCUUGCUAAUGUCAUCGCUGCCAUCGGAUGCUUUUAUGCGUCUGAUCUGGGAAGAACUUAAUCAAGUGAUUUUGACCAAUCGGUAUCUUUUGGAAGUUUCUGAACCUUGUCGACUGAUCCGUUGUGGUGUCCCGAAACGAACGAAUGGACGUUAUGUCAUGACACCUUCGCUUCCUGAUUUCUCUACGACAGCGAUUCUCAAAGAUUCGAUGAGUGUGCGACUGCGGAAGGCCAUGAUGUUUCCGUAUAUUUUCAACGACUACAAAUUUAAUCUUCAUAAUUACAGCACCAAUGCGCCCAACAGCUUCUUGUGUCUCUUUCACAGUAUUCUCCACUACUCGAGUUUGGAUGCUUUUAGUAUCUUUCUGGAAUAUCUUCGAUCACUACGAUUAUCCGGCCGUUUACGCACCGAUGUCCAGCUCUUGUACAUCUGCUUCCUCAUCGGUCCCGCGCUGCACAGACUCGACAAGUUGGACAGCACGGAUGCAGAGCUGGUGGUUGAAUUGAUGUACAUGGUGAAACAAGUGACGAGCCAUAUGGAUAUGAAGGAUGGCUGGUCAACUCAGGCGUUAGAACAAGUGUUUGAUUUCUUAUACCAUAUUCGAGUACGAUUUGUGAAAUCGACCGAGCUCGCUGUACAAUUGAAGGACAUAAUCCGAUCCAUGAAAUCACCGACUUCGCAACGUCUUUUGCGUCUCGUGGUAUGAAAAGAAAGAGAGAGAGAGUAGAUCUUUGUUUUAUGAUAUUCAAUGUAAUAUACGUGGAUAAAAAAAACACUCAACCCAUCAUUUCAUA